ACACUGGCAUGGACAGGUUGCGUUCUUCUUUCGAAUAAUAGUCGCUGGCCCACCAGCGGCCGAAGGGCAGGAGCACUAACUCUGUCCAUCUCCUCUUACCUCUCCUCCGAGUGAAACCCAAACCCUCUUUUCCCAUCCCUGUCGUCCAUGUCCUUGCUGCUUUUCCACGGGUUGUGCCUCUCCUCCUCUUGAGACAAUGUGAUGGCUUGACAUCUAAACCCUCUGUCCCUGGGCUCUCGGCCCCCAAUCUACUUCAGCUGUGUUCUUAAUCGCCUGGCGAGAUCCAAGUAGCUGAGCUGGUGGUGUUUGGUGAUGGGAAUUUGGGACUUGGAUGGCCAAAGCAAGCAGCAGGAGGCCAAACAUCAGCAGCGCCACCAGGAAAUGCUACCAGUUCAGCAGCAGGAGAGGCAGGAGGAAGCUGAGAGAAACGAGAUCUAGUAGCAGGCGUCAGCUCGUAAGAUCCAAAGCUGGAACAGGGGCGCAAGAAGAAGGAGCAGGAUCUGGAUCCGCGGAGGAGUCUGUACCUUCCAAUUCAGGCAGAAGCAAACGAAAGCGAAAAAGAGGGCGAAGUAGCGCCGCAGGGGCUCCAAGAACAACAGCGAGAAGAGCAAUCCCUGCGAGGCUUCCAGCUUCACCAAAUCCACCACAACAGGAGCUCUUACUUCUCGUCUUCUUCUUCUUCAGCUGCCACGGCUUCCUCCUCCGAGUAUGCCUGCCUUCCCGAAAGGAUUGGGGAGGGUCACAGCCACAACAGCGCCGGCUACGACCAGCUCGCUCUCCUCCACCACCACCACCAGCAGCAGUUGCAGCGGCCGCAGCCCCGCUCGAGGCACGGCGGGGCGAGGGGCGGCGCGGUUGGGGAGAUCGUGGAGGUCCAGGGCGGCCACAUUGUGCGGUCCACCGGCCGCAAGGACCGUCACAGCAAGGUGUGCACCGCGAAGGGCCCCCGCGACCGCCGCGUCCGCCUCUCCGCCCACACCGCCAUCCAGUUCUACGACGUCCAGGACCGCCUUGGCUACGACCGCCCCAGCAAGGCCGUCGACUGGCUCAUGAAGAACGCCAAGGCCGCCAUCGACGAGCUCGCCGAGCUUCCGCCUUGGAGCCCCUCCGCCACAGUCGCAGCCGCCCAGGCCGCCUCCUCCCGCCGCCACCCUCCGCCGUCCACUCAGCUCCUCUCCGCCGAGCAGACCAUCGGGGAGUCCAGCAGCAAACCGGUUGCCGUUGCCGAUCCAGCUCUUUCUACUGCUUUUAGUUUCGGCGUCGGCGGGGGCGACGGCGGCAACGAAGGUAAUACCUUUCUUCCUCCUUCCUUGGACACCGACUCCAUUGCCGACACUAUCAAGUCCUUUUUCCCAAUGGCUGCUGCUGCAACUCCGCCGUCUUCUAGCCCUUCCAUCGGUUUCCUGUCCUACUCGCCGGAACUUCCGUCACGUACCAGUGGCCAAGCUCAAGACCUCCGCCUCUCCCUCCAAUCCUUCCAAGACCCGAUCUUUCACAACCCAGAAUCCGGCCACCAUCACCACCACCACCACAGCCAGUACCACCAGAGCCCAACUCCUUCUAGGCACGAUGCACAUUUCCCGAGCUCCGCCCAGCUGGCCUCCGAUGCGGCCGGCUGGGCCGAGCAGAGCCACCGGAUUGCUCCGUGGAAUAUGGUGGACUCGAGUGGCGGCGGUGGGGGAUACGUGUUCAGUUUCCCACCGCCUCAGGCGGCGCCGCUGCACUCUUUGCUCGGACAAAGCCUGUUCUUUUCUCAGAGGGGACCCCUUCAGUCCAGUAACUCGCCCGCGGUUCGUGCUUGGGCCGACCCUGUGGACGCCGCAGCCGACCACCGGAUGCAACCUGCGCUUUAUCCAUCCAUGCCAUCCAUCGGAUUCGCAUCCGGUGCCAGUUUCCCAGGGUUCCGCAUCCCGGCACGGAUCCAGGGCGAAGAGGAGCACGACGGCCACAACGACAAGCCGCCCUCUGCUGCCUCUGCUUCUCGCCACUGAUGGAGUUUGUGGAGGAGCGAUCACCACCAAUCGGAUACCUCCCCUGGAUUGCCUGGUCUGCUGAGGAGGAAGGUGAUGGGAAGCAGCUGCAUUGCCAUAUAUACAUGGAAAAGACAUCUCCUUGGAUUCUUUGGUUGGUCGGUGCCUCUCUUCUCUGUCAUUUGGCUCUCUUUUCGAUGGGCUUCCGAAGCCUUCUCGUGUGCUCUUCUUCUAUCAUGGUAAGUCUCAGUUUGCUAUUGUAGUAGCGGUAGUAGUUGUAGUCGUCAUUGCCGAGGUCGCUUAUUGUUCGCUCUUCUCGGUGGUCUCAUGUUUCCCUGUGGCCUUCAGCCGAAAGGGAACGCAAGUGAACUGUUGUCCUCUGGAAAUGUCUGUGGAGAUUUGUUCUGCUUCAGAUUUAAGGAAUAAAAUAUAAGUAGUCAUCUGCUUGGAUUGAGCCAUGAAGGCAACAUGUUGUUUUCAUGCUGAGAAGCAGCAGGUGGAUGGCUACUCUGAUUGGAAAUCA